AUGACUCCCCGCGUGCUGAUUUCGCUUGCCCUGUGGGGAAGAGUUCUUGCUUCUAAAUGUCCAAGUGGCAACUGCUAUGAUGACAAUGUUCUCAUGCAGAUGGAGAAGUUUCACAAGGGCAUGACCUCGACCCAGCACAUGCUCAUUUCAAACAAGAUUGAAAAGGCGUUUGCACACAUCAAAGGUCACGGAAGCUAUCUCGGCAAGAAGGCGUUUGCACACAUCAAAGGUCACGGAAGCCAUCUCAGCCAGACCCCUGCACCAACUUCACCAAGCAGCGUGAUCGACAGUAAGUUCGCAAACAUCACUGGAUCCGGUGGUUACAACCCGCAUGAUGUGAAAGCGGAUGCGACCUGGCAGAAGUGCACUGCUAUCAACUGGACGAAAGUUGCUGGUGAGCCCACGACGGAGGGCAAGCUGAACUUGCCAAGCAUUCACAUGAUGUUGGAGGAGUUGGAAUUGCAGGACCACUGCGCUUGCCCAGGCGAUUGGUGCAACGAUGACACCUGUAAGGCCGUUUUCGCUGCGAUCGAAGUCUUCAUUGAGCUCUGUGCGUCUGAGUUUGAUCCGGUCUUCGCGAACUUCUCCGUGACAACGUGGGGAUACUACCCAUCUUGGGUGAACGGCACUGUGCAUGGUUUGGACUACGCCGACGAGAUGCCAGUGAAAGUCACCCUGAAACACCCCAAAGGCGUUUGUGGCUACGCGGUCUGCGAUCUGCUCCGUACCAUCUUGACACAGAGUGCCAAUCAGAUGAUGACUGGAACCUGUUCUUACGUUGCGAGUUUGGCGGCGCUGUCCAAGAAGGCUCCGGCGAGGGCCAUCAAGAUUGCUACCCGACUCUUCUGGCUAGGUGAAAUCACACCCGGACUUGGACCGUGCCCCGGCAUCCUUGCGCAACAACCCGGAUUGAUCCCUUUCAAGACACAGAUGGGCUGGAAGCCAUCCUUCUACGCAGGUGGUUCUGCCACCUGCCAUGGCAACUCAGCGGAUUGUGGUCACGCGUCCGGAAUGCCACAGCAGAACAUCGGUCUGACGUUUGAAUGGUCACAGACAUUGAUCAGCAAAUGGAUGGCAAUCAAUUGGGGAUAUUGUUCCAACGACACCGUGCGGGCAGGCAUCACCUGGCCAGGCCAGAGCAAAGCAGAUGCGGCGGAGGCGACAAAAAAUCAAGGCGGUUGGUACAACAGCAUGGUCUGGGAGUGUCAGAGCCUCUUUGACCUUUCUGAUACCGGUUCAUCGAGCUGCCGACUCGUCAUCAACCCCUUGACCUGUGCGCUUGGGAUAGAUAUGCACGACGUUUAG